GUAUCAGGAAAAUUCAAUCACCAACUUUCUUCUAACUUCUUUCCCUUAUUUUUUAUAUUCCAUUUCCACUUUUCCCUCCUUUACAUUUUGCAAAAAAUCACUCAUAAAUGACUAAAGCAAACAGCUUGCUUCUUUUUUCUAAAGCUUCCCUCUCCUUCUCAUCAUGCUCACCACAAAACAUAUUUUUCUAAAUCUUCACUACUACCUUUAACUUUUAUCCUUCUUCCUUUCUGUUGCAAUGUUUCUCAGCUCUUUGUUGAAUUUUCCACAGAAGAAAAGAAAUAUUUUGGUUCUUAAUCCAAUGGAAAGAAACUUCUUUCAGUUUUCUCUUCCUUCUCUUGCUUUUCCAGUGAUCUUUAUCUUAUUUGCUGCUUUGGCUUCUUCAGCAGAACAAGAGGGUGCGACUUCAAUAAAAACUGAUGUUGCAGCUCUUCUUAAGUUCAAGAAUUUGAUUGACAAGGACCCCAAUGGAGUGUUGUCCAAUUGGAAGCUUGAAAACAAUCCAUGUUCAUGGUAUGGAGUUUCAUGUCAAUCUAAACGAGUGAUUGCUCUUGAUUUGAGUGGCUGUAGUCUUACAGGGAAUGUUUAUUUUGAUCCUCUGUCUUCUAUGGAUAAGUUGUUGGCUUUGAAUUUAUCUACAAAUUCUUUCACUAUAAACUCAACUACUUUGCUUCAGCUUCCUUAUAAUUUGCAACAACUUGAGCUUUCUCUUGCCAAAGUUGUAGGUAGUGUGCCUGAGAAUCUUUUCUCAAAGUGUCCAAACCUUGUGUUUGUGGAUCUUUCAUUCAACAAUUUGACAAGCUAUCUGCCUGAAAAUCUUCUUUUGAAUGCUAAUAAGCUUCAAGAUCUUGAUAUCUCUUACAAUAAUCUAACUGGGUUGAUCUCAGGAUUGAGAAUUGAUGAGAAUUCUUGCAACUCUUUGUUGCGGGUUGAUCUUUCAGCAAAUCGAAUCAUCGGUUCGAUUCCGAGUUCCAUUUCAAACUGCACGAAUCUGCAGACACUUGGUUUGGCUGACAAUUUACUCAGCGGGGAAAUCCCAAGAUCUUUAGGGGAACUCAGUAGUUUACAAAGGGUUGAUAUAUCUCGUAAUCAGCUCACAGGUUGGCUCCCUUCUGAUUGGAGAAAUGCUUGCAAUUCACUUCAAGAACUAAAGCUUUGUUACAACAACAUAUCUGGUGUAAUUCCUGCUUCCUUCUCUGCUUGCUCUUGGCUUCAAAUUAUGGAUCUUUCAAACAACAACAUAUCUGGUCCUUUACCAGAUUCCAUCUUCAAGAAUCUUGUCUCUUUACAAAGCUUGUUAUUGAGUAAUAACAAAAUCUCUGGACCAUUGCCUUCAUCCAUAUCUCACUGCAAGAAACUUCAGCUUGUAGACUUAAGUUCCAAUAGAAUUUCUGGUUUGAUUCCACCAGGUAUAUGCCCAGGUGCUGAGUCACUUCAAGAACUGAAAAUGCCAGACAAUCUCAUCAUAGGAGGAAUCCCACCUGAACUCUCACUAUGUACACAGUUAAAGACAAUUGAUUUUAGUUUAAACUAUCUGAACGGGUCAAUACCUGCAGAGCUUGGAAGGCUUCAGAAUCUUGAACAGCUGAUAGCAUGGUUUAAUAGCUUAGAAGGGAAAAUCCCACCAGAAUUGGGGAAGUGUAGAAGCUUGAAAGAUGUUAUACUAAAUAACAAUCGUUUAAGUGGGGAAAUUCCCACUGAAUUGUUCGAUUGUAGCAACCUUGAAUGGAUUUCGCUCACGAGUAAUGAACUCACCGGCGAAGUCCCAAAAGAGUUUGGUCUUUUGUCAAGGUUGGCUGUUCUGCAACUUGGGAACAAUAGCUUAAGUGGUCAGAUACCAGGGGAGUUGGCAAACUGCAGCACUUUGGUUUGGUUGGAUUUGAACAGCAACAAGCUUACAGGAGAAAUUCCACCUAGACUCGGGAGGCAGCUUGGAGCCAAAUCCUUGAAUGGGAUUCUUUCUGGAAACACUCUAGUGUUCGUUCGAAAUGUAGGGAAUUCGUGUAAAGGAGUUGGGGGCUUGUUAGAGUUUUCUGGAAUCAGACCUGAAAGACUACAGCAGGAACCAACAUUAAAGACCUGUGAUUUCACUAGAUUGUACUCCGGUCCAGUCCUCAGUUUGUUUACGAAGUACCAAACUUUGGAGUAUUUGGAUCUUUCUUACAAUGAGCUUCGUGGGAGAAUACCAGAAGAGUUUGGAGAUAUGGUUGCUUUGCAGGUUCUCGAAUUGUCACAUAACCAACUUUCUGGGGAGAUUCCGGAAUCCUUUGGCCGCUUAAAGAACUUAGGAGUGUUUGAUGCCUCACAUAAUAGACUGCAGGGUCACAUUCCAGAUUCAUUCUCAAACUUAUCAUUCUUAGUGCAAAUUGAUCUAUCUUACAAUGAACUAACCGGGAGAAUUCCAUCAAGGGGACAACUUAGUACACUGCCGGCAAGUCAGUAUGCAAACAAUCCAGGACUUUGUGGAGUUCCUUUGCCUGAAUGCCAGAGUGAUGACCAGCAGACAAGUCCUAAUGGAGAUGCUAGCAAAGGAAGAACAAAGCCAGAAGUCGGGUCAUGGGUUAACAGUAUUGUUUUAGGUGUUCUAAUUUCCAUUGCCUGUGUCUGCAUUUUGAUUGUAUGGGCCAUUGCCAUGCGUGCAAGACGAAAAGAAGCAGAGGAAGUGAAGAUGCUUAAUAGUUUACAAGCAAUACAUGCCCCUACUACAUGGAAAAUUGACAAAGAGAAAGAACCCCUGAGUAUCAAUGUGGCAACUUUCCAAAGACAACUAAGGAAGCUCAAGUUCUCCCAACUGAUUGAAGCUACUAACGGCUUCUCAGCAGAAAGUCUCAUAGGGAGUGGCGGGUUCGGUGAAGUAUUUAAAGCAACACUAAAGGAUGGAUCGAGUGUUGCAAUCAAGAAAUUGAUACGUCUUAGUUGCCAAGGAGAUCGUGAAUUCAUGGCGGAGAUGGAAACUUUAGGAAAGAUCAAACAUGGAAACUUAGUACCUCUUUUGGGUUACUGUAAAAUAGGUGAGGAGAGGCUUCUAGUGUAUGAGUUUAUGGAGUUUGGUAGCCUAGAAGAGAUGCUUCAUGGAAGAGCAAAGAUGCAGGAUCGAAGAAUUCUAACAUGGGAUGAAAGGAAAAAGAUUGCCAGAGGUGCUGCUAAAGGACUUUGUUUCCUACACCACAACUGCAUUCCACACAUAAUACACAGAGACAUGAAGUCCAGCAAUGUACUCCUGGACCAUGACUUAGAAGCAAGAGUUUCGGAUUUUGGAAUGGCAAGGCUGAUAAGUGCUCUUGACACCCAUCUGAGUGUAAGCACACUUGCAGGCACUCCUGGUUAUGUCCCUCCUGAAUACUACCAAAGCUUCAGAUGCACAGCAAAAGGCGACGUUUAUUCAUUCGGCGUCGUCCUCUUAGAACUUUUGACAGGGAAACGACCAACCGAUAAGGAGGAUUUUGGGGACACCAACUUGGUGGGAUGGGUCAAAAUGAAAGUAAACGAUGGAAAACAAAUGGAAGUGAUUGAUCCGGAGUUGCUGUCAGUAACCAAAACAAGUGAUGAAUCAGAAGCAGAAGAGGUUAAAGAAAUGGUUAGGUAUUUGGAGAUAACUCUUCGGUGUGUAGAAGAGUUUCCUUCCAAAAGGCCUAACAUGUUGCAGGUGGUGACAAUGCUGCGAGAGUUGAUGCCCGGAUCAACCAAUGGAAGCAGCAACAGUGCUUGAAUCAGGUUUUCUGUUUACUAAAUCUGAUCUAGCCUUUACCAAGAUAAGCUUUGUAACAUUUGUUUUUCAGCUGUGAAGAGUUACUUGUAUCCUAUUCUUCUUUUUCUAUAACCAUUGUCUCAACUCGAUUAUUGAUAGAAAAAAAGAUAUCGUAUUACAGUUUCAUAACAAAAAGAAAAAAGAUCAAAACUUUCAGA